CUACUUUUAAGAUAUGGUUGAUGGUCAUGCUAUAGAUAUACCCGUCACAAAUUUGGACGAGGAUGAUGAUGAUUUCUCUACUCCAGAGGAGGAGGAGUUAAAUGCAAAUGUAUUCCGUGAUGAUUUUGAUUUGGAACAAGAUACUUCUUUGUUUGAUAAUGGGCCUUCUCUAGCUACUAGGCUUAGAGAUGCAGAAAACUUCAAUGAUCGUGAUUCUUUUGACUUAAAUGAUGAUGAGUUCAUACUACAUAAAAAAGAUGGUUUUUGGAAAACAUCUGCUAAAGGUAUCAAAAGAGUUUUCAUUCACCUUCUUGUCAUUGGUUUAAUAAUUGCUGUGAUAGUAUUGGGUGUUUUGCUAUCCAGAAAAUCUAGAAACUCAGAGCCAACCAGAAAUAAUAAACAGACAUUUUCCAAUGGGACUGAUAUAUUUUACCCAACAACAAUUUUGAUAUCAUUAGAUGGGUUCCAUCCUCAUUAUAUUUCCUCAAAACUAACACCAACUUUACAUGAAUUUUUACAGAAGGGUUAUGGUCCACCAUACAUGAUUCCCUCAUUCCCUUCUUCAACUUUCCCAAAUCAUUGGACAAUGGCAACUGGUUUACAUCCACAGUUCCAUGGUAUUGUUGGAAACACUUUUUUCGACCCAGUAACAGGGAAAAAUUUCAUCAAUAAAUUGCCUCAACAUUCUUUAGAUCCUGGAUUUUGGGGCGGUGAGCCAAUUUGGUCAACUGCUGAGUCUCAAGGUGUUCGUUCUGCUAUUCACAUGUAUCCAGGAAGUGAGGUUGAAUUUAAAUCGUGGAACCCUUCAGAAGUUGAUAAAUUCAACAAAUCUGAAACUUUGGAAGUGAAGACAAACAGAAUAUUUGAAUGGUUGGAUCGUGAUAGCUCCAAGAGACCAGAGUUAAUUAUUGCAUAUGUACCAACUAUUGAUACACUCGGUCAUAUUUAUGGUAUCCAAGGUGAUGAAUUGUCAAAAGGGUUAUUGUAUGUUGAUUCAUUCAUCAAAAAUAUUACAAGUGGUAUAGCGGAAAGAAACGCAACAGAUAUCAUAAACUUAGUUGUUGUCUCGGACCACGGUAUGGCUCCUACCUCUAAUAAAAGAUUGGUUUAUUUAGAUGAUUUAAUCAACACAACACAGGUUCAACAUACAGAUGGCUGGCCAUUAUUUGGAUUAAGACCGAUUCCAGAGGUUUCUGUCGAAGAUAUUUAUAAAGAGUUGAAUGCUUCAUAUAAAGAAAAUUCAGGCUAUUCAUUUUAUUUGAGAGAGGAUUUGCCAAAAGAGUGGAAUUUUGGUGGACCAGAGCGUUCACAAUAUUAUGAUAGAAUUGCACCAAUCUGGGUGAUCCCGGAUGUUGGAUAUUCAAUCACUACACAUGAUAGAAUGGAGGAAAAUCAUGGUGAUUAUUCGCCAAAAGGUGUCCAUGGCUAUAAUAAUACUGAAGUGUUAAUGAGAGCUAUAUUUCUUGGUACUGGGCCAUACUUCAAAUCAAGAUCAAAGAAUGAUGAAUCAUUCAAAGUUAGACCAUUCCAAAAUAUCGAAGUCUACAACAUUCUCUGUGAAACUUUGGGUUUAUCUCCUUCUCAAAAUAAUGGCUCAUCUAAUAUUUUUGGCCAUGAUAAUGUUUUAUCAAAUGAUUGGAGAGAUGAUUUAGCUUAUCCAAAUGUUAAAUUUGAUAUUGGUAGAGUGUUAAAGGAGAAAUCAACUUAUGACCAGCUAUUCAGAGGGGCAAAAGCGAAAAGUACCACCACCUUAGAAAAUUCAAAUGCUCAAGUCAAUGAUGAAUCUACAUCAACAGGUGAUCUACAGGAAGCAACAUCCACUACUAAAGCUGUUGGUGAAUCAAAGAGUAAGGAAAACCAUAAAACAAAGACAGAAGAGAAAAAAACCAAAUCCAAAGAAAAGGGCGAUAAAAAGACAAAGACUGAAACUUCUGAGAAAGAAAAAGAAACUAAGCACAAAGGGUUUUUUGAAUCGAUAGGUGAAGAUCUUGAGGAGUUAGGAGAUGAUAUCAAAGAGGGAUUUGAAGACAUUGCUGAUGAUAUUGAAGAUACAUUUGAAGAUGCAUACCAUAAACUAAAGGGAGAACAUAAAGAUCAUGAUGACGAUUGA